AAGCUUUUACAAGCCCAGCAAAGCAUCGUCUGGUGGAUCCACUCCAUGACUUCAGCCGUCAGACCUGUGAGGUUCAUCGCCUUCCUCUCGAGCGCUUCUGUUUGACAGACGGCUGCUGUGUGUGUCCAGACUGCAACAACCAGGAACAUAGCGGGCACGUGAGUGCAUCGCUGGAGGACGCUCGCAGUCAGAUCGAGGCUACUCUCCAUGCCACAAACCGAGGGAAGACAAAAAUCCAGAAGAAGCUGGAGAGGAGAAAACAAGGAGAUGGGACCUUUAAAAUCUAUGAGGAUGGGAGGAAAAGCGUGCGCUCCCUGUCUGGCCUUCAGCUGGGAAAUGAUGUCAUGUUUGUCAAACAGGGGACUUACGUGAACCCAAAGGAUCGUGACUGCCGUAACAUUCGCCACAUGUUUUCUGGAGACAAUGAUGAUGCCAUUUCACGUGCCAUGAGUGAACCGGACCUCCACGGUCCUGAUGUGGACUAUUCUGAGAUCAGCACGGACUCAGGACAUGAUUCCUUGUUCAACUGUCCAGGUCUUGGCACUAUGGUUUUCAGGAGGAACUAUGUCAGUGGGGGGAUGUUUGACCUUGCUGGACGAGAUGAAGCCAGUGUGGACCGGACCAGCAAUACUGUGCGUUUGAGCAGUAGGCUGCAGCAGUACCCAAAUAUAGAUGAAGAUAGCAUCGGCAGUGCACGCAGCCUGCAGGAGAGUAACAUCCAGGAGCUACCGUGGGAAGAGAUAGAAUUAGGGCUUGAUGAUGAUGAUGAGCCAGAGACGAGCCCUCUGGAAGUUUUCUUGGCCACGCAGAGCAUAAGCGACUUUUUAACCAUCUUCAGGAGGGAGAAAAUUGAUUUGGAAGCACUAUUGCUGUGCUCUGACCAUGACCUGAAGAGCAUCCACAUCCCCUUAGGACCAAGGAAAAAGAUCUUAGAUGCCUGUAAGAGACACUUGGAGACCAUAGAAGACCCCGACUGUAUUGAAGACACAGAACUAUAGUUGUUGGUGAUCAUCUGUGCGGUCAUCAGUGCACCAAAAUGGAUUGAAUGUCACGUAUGAACAAGAAGGAAUUUUUCGUUUACCUCUCCUGGUAACUCCUGGACACCCAAGGUGAAUGUCAACCAACUCAUGAUGAACCUGAAAGAUUUGAUUGUGGGGACGCCCGGUGUCUCCUGAACAUGUUCACCCCUGUGGGGUAAAUUCUACCACUUCAUGUGCCUGCAUUGCCUGUGCCUGUACAUUAGUUUAAAUCCAUUUUGUUGUACAUGUUUUC